AUCUCCCCCAAAAACUCCACCAUCAAUCAUCAUCAUCUGCUUCGUUCAAUUCUGCCCCUUUCUCUCUCAGGCAUUUCCACAAACACCUCGCGAGCAGACCCAUUUCGGCAUCCCCCACGCGACAAUGGCGACCCAGGAGGAAGCGCCCAGAUCCGGAUCCGGAGCCAACGGCGAAGCCCCGCCGCCGCAACGCAAGGUGGCCCUGAUCACGGGCAUUACCGGCCAGGACGGGUCGUACCUCACCGAGUUCUUGCUGGAGAAGGGGUACGAGGUCCACGGCCUGAUCCGUCGCUCCUCCAACUUCAACACCCAACGGAUCAACCACAUCUACAUCGACCCCCACAACGCCCACAAGGCCCGGAUGAAGCUCCACUACGCCGAUCUCACCGACGCCUCCUCCCUCCGUCGCUGGAUCGACACGAUCUCCCCCGACGAGGUCUACAACCUCGCCGCCCAGUCCCACGUGGCGGUCUCCUUCGAGAUCCCCGAUUACACGGCCGACGUCGUCGCCACCGGCGCCCUCCGCCUCCUCGAGGCCGUCCGCUCCCACGUCUCCGCCACCGGCCGCAGCCACAUCCGUUAUUACCAGGCCGGGUCCUCGGAGAUGUUCGGAUCGACCCCGCCGCCGCAGUCGGAGACCACCCCGUUCCACCCGCGGUCCCCCUACGCCGCGUCCAAGUGCGCCGCGCACUGGUACACCGUGAACUACCGCGAGGCCUACGGGCUGUUCGCGUGCAACGGGAUCCUGUUCAACCACGAGUCCCCGCGGCGGGGCGAGAACUUCGUGACCCGGAAGAUCACGCGGGCCGUGGGGCGGAUCAAGAUCGGGCUGCAGAGCAAGCUGUUCCUGGGAAAUCUGCAGGCCUCCCGGGACUGGGGGUUCGCUGGAGACUACGUGGAGGCCAUGUGGAUGAUGCUGCAGCAAGAAAAGCCGGACGACUAUGUGGUCGCGACGGAGGAGUCACACACGGUGGAGGAGUUCUUGGAAGUAGCGUUUGGGUAUGUGGGGCUGAAGUGGAGGGACCAUGUGGUGAUCGAUAAGAGGUACUUCAGGCCGGCCGAGGUCGACAACUUGAAGGGAGAUGCGAGUAAGGCCAAGAAGGUGCUGGGUUGGAAGCCCAAGGUUGGGUUUGAGAAGUUGGUGAAGAUGAUGGUCGAUGAGGACGUUGAAUUGGCUAAGAGAGAGAAGGUUCUUGUUGAUGCUGGGUACAUGGAUGCUCAGCAACAGCCCUGAGAAUUCGGUACUUCUUUAUCUCUUGCUGCUCUGUUUCUUGACCAUUUCCUGUGCUCUUUUUUGGUUAUUUAUUUGAAGAUCAGCUCGAUGCAAGUAAAGUUUUUGUUUUUUAAAGGUUUCAAGGGUCUGGGAUGUUCUUGGGAUGGAUAUAGGUUCUUUACCAGUUAAUUGUCUAUCUUGUUGGGUAGACCAAUGAGUUCAAAUGUCCGUUGGAUUUGUUGUAACUUACCCUAUUCAUUCGCUUUCAAUUAGUACAUUUAGAUUUUUU